AUGUCGGCAGGUAUGAUGGAUGGCACUACGUUCACGAUCCUGUUUUUUGUGAUCGUGUUUGUGGCUGCGGUUGCCGGAUACGUGUAUUAUGUGAACAUGAAGAUGGAAGAGGCAGGAAUGGGCCAAAAGAGCGCCAAGAAGAAGAUCCGCAAGAAGGACAAAGCUUCCUGGUCUCUUGGCGAUUAG